GCUCUGUCGACUUUGCUUUAGGGACGUCUGCCCCCCGUGUGGCUCUUCCUUUCUAGGUGAACAAACCCUCGGGCGCCAUGCUGACGGAGCUGGAGAAGAGUUUGAAUGCCAUCACUGAAGUCUUCCACAAGUACUCGCUGGUGAAGGGGAAUUACCACGCCCUCUACAAGGAUGACAUGAAGAAGCUGCUCUCCGCCGAGUGUCCUCAGUACAUGAAGAAAAAGGAUGUCGACACCUGGUUCAGAGAGCUGGACUUCAACGAAGACAAUGCAAUUAACUUUGAGGAGUUCCUUCUGUUUGUGACAAAGAUGGGAGUGAUAGCCCACAGAGAGAGCCACAAGAAGUAACCGGGCUUCUGGGCCUGGGGCUGGGCCCCCGAGAUGUGACCUGCACAAUAAUAAAGUCGUGGUUACCUCAGA